GUAAACGUACAACUGCACGAAACAUUAAGAUUAGGAACGCAAGGCGUUACAAAAUUCAAAUCAAUGGGGUCUCAUUUUAAAGUCAUUUCACCAAUUGCAACCAUGAACAUUCAAAAUCAAAGAUAAAGGCGUAUCCCCAAAUUGAACUCAUCACCAAACCCUUAUUAACCUAGGUGGAAACAGAAGCAACCCACUCCACAACUCUCCGCUUCUCUGGUAAUCCCACAAGGGUCUGCCAUUCAGGUUUUGUUCACUGGACUACACCUGCUUAUAAUCUCGUUGACAAAUAUGUCCCUUCUCAGUAGAUUCUUUUACAGACGACCCCCGGAUGGCUUGCUUGAAUUCGUAGACAGAGUAUAUGUUUUUGAUUCUUGCUUUUCAACCGAAGUUUUGCCUGAUGAAAUGUACCAACUUUACUUGCAUGAAAUUAUAACUGAAUUACAUGAAGGAUUCCCAGAGUCAUCCUUUCUUGCUUUCAAUUUCCGAGAAGGUGAGAAACAGAGCAAUUUUGCUGACGUUUUGUGCGAGUAUGACGUUACGGUCAUGGAUUAUCCACGACAAUACGAGGGUUGUCCCCUUUUACCUCUAUCUUUGAUUAAUCAUUUUCUUCGUGUUUGUGAGAGUUGGCUUUCACAUGGGAAUCACCAAAAUGUUAUUCUACUACAUUGUGAGAGAGGGGGUUGGCCCCUCUUAGCGUUUCUUUUAGCUAGUUUCUUGAUUUUCAGAAAAUCGCAUAGCGGAGAGCGGAAGACUCUUGAAAUUGUCCAUCGAGAGGCUCCUAAAGGUUUUCUACAGUUGUUGUCACCAUUAAACCCAUUUCCGUCUCAACUUCGUUACGUCCAAUACGUAUCAAGAAGAAAUAUAUCCCCAGAAUGGCCUCCCCAUGAACGUGCUCUUUCUUUGGAUUGUCUCAUUUUUCGUGCUAUUCCACGGUUUGAUAAUCAAAAUGGAUGUAGGCCAAUUAUCCGUAUUUUUGGUAGAAAUCUUGGUAGCAAGGGUGGCCUGUCAACCCAAAUGCUAUUUCCCAUGCCAAAGAAAAAUAAAACUGUUCGGCACUAUCGCCAGAACGACAGUGAUGUAAUUAAGAUUGACAUCCAGUGUUUGGUGCAAGGGGAUGUUGUAUUGGAGUGUGUCCAUUUAGACUUGGAACCUGAUAGGGAAGUUAUGAUGUUUCGUAUAAUGUUCAACACUGCUUUUAUUCGAUCAAACAUCUUGAUACUCAACUGGGAGAACUUGGACAUUCUUUGGGAUUCAAAAGCGCGGUUUCCAAAAGGAUUUCGAGCGGAGGUUCUUUUUGGCGAGGUUGAGAGCAUCUCUCCACCGAGAGCUCCAACUACAAUUUUAAAUGGUGCGGAGACAGGUGGAUUGCCAAUUGAAGCUUUUUCUAGGGUUCAAGAACUUUUCAAUGGUGUUGAAUGGGUUGAUAGCGGUGAUGACGCUGCUUUAUGGUUACUCAAACAACUAUCAGUCCUAAAUGAUGUGAAAGAUUUGUCAAUACUGCGGAACAGAGUGAGUACAUAUUCAUCACCUUUUGACUCUGAAGAAGAAAAUAAUGCAUCUAGCACAGCUGAUAGUCUGGAUUUUCUGGACUCUGAAAAGGUUAGUAACUUGACAUACACUUCUGCACCGGGGGUGAGUUUCCUUGAUGAUCCUUCGUCUCAGGAUUCUGCUUCAGAUGAAGCAUCUGAUUCUAAGCCCUCAAUAGAUGCAGUGAAGCCAUUUAUAUCACACACCGUUGAGUCAACUCUUUUGCCUUUAGGAAGUGAUGGUUCACAUGAUGUAAACAUUGCAUUAACAUCUUCAAAUCAAGUGUCUGUUGGAACUGUUCCUUCAUCUCUUCAGCUGCAAUCAUCAGUUCCAAGUGAAAAGCCUCCAUCAUGCCCGCCUGGGACAACACUGCCUCCAGUACCUCCCUCUCUUGUUUCAAAUGUCCCUCAACCACCGUCACCGCCUCCUCCUCCAGCUAUUAAUUUCACCAAAGGACCUCCCCCUCCCCCUCCUCAUAUUAAUUAUAGUAGAGGACCUCCACCACCUCCCCCUCUUCCUCCCCCAAUUAAUUAUAGUAUAGGACCACCGCCUCCGCUUCCUCCUACUAGUUCUAGUAAAGGAUCUCCUCCACCUCCACCACCUCCACCUCCACCGCCUCCCCCUAUUAAUUCUAGUAGAGGACCUUCACCGCCUCCACCUCCACCUCCUCCUCCACCUAUUAAUUCUAGUAGAGGACCUUCACCGCCUCCACCUCCACCUCCACCUCCACCUCCACCUCCACCUCCACCUCCACCUCCCCCUAUUAAUUCUAGAAGAGGACCUCCACCUCCGCCUCCGCCUCCGCCUCCACUGGUACCUUCCCCUAACUUCAAUAGAGCACCUCUGCCACACCCACCUCCUCCACCCCUAAGUGCCUCUAAUAGAGAUCCUUCAACACCCUCACUUCCCACUACUGGUAGAGGCCCUCCACCUCCCCCACCUCCUCCUUCCAUCUCUUCUAAGGCUCCACCGCCAGCCCCACCACCUCCACCUUUUUCCUCUAGAUUCAGUCAACCAUCCACGUCUGUACCACCACCACCACCACCACCACCAUUGCUGCCGCCAACAUCUAUUGGUACUACAAUUAAAAAUCCACCACCACCUCCUCCACUUCCUUUAGGUCAUAGUCCUAGCACUACUGGCUUAAGGCCACCUCCUCCUCCACCACCUCCAGGAGUCUCUCGGCAAGGUGCAAUCCCCCAACCUCCCCCUCAAGCACCAAAGCCUCCUGGUGCCCCUCCACCUCCAAGUCGUGGUUUGGCACCAGGUCCACCUCCACCACCUGGAGCAAAGGGCUCAAGUGCGCCACCCCCGCCACCCCCAUCAACUGGAAAGGGAAGAGGCUCUUUGGGGCCAACAUAUCAUGGAAGAGCUCGAGUUUCUGGAGGUUCUUCAAUUCCCCCCAAGAGAGCUUCAUUAAAGCCGUUACAUUGGGUGAAAGUUUCACGAGCAAUGCAAGGGAGUUUGUGGGCUGAUUCUCAGAAACAAGAAAAUCAGUCUAGGGCCCCUGAAAUUGAUAUAUCAGAACUUGAGAGUCUGUUCUCAGCAGCUUCUGCUACAGAUGGCACUGGCAAAGGUCGACGUGGUUCAAAGAUCAACAAACCAGAAAGAGUGCAAUUGGUUGAUUUGCGCAGGGCAUAUAAUUGUGAAAUCAUGCUUACAAAAAUCAAAAUUCCUCUGCCUGAUAUGAUGAGUGCCAUUCUGGCUUUGGAUUCUUCGGUCUUGGACAUUGAUCAAGUUGAGAAUCUCAUCAAAUUCUGCCCAACAAAAGAAGAAAUGGAGCUUCUGAAGAACUAUAAUGGGGACAAGGAAAUGCUUGGAAAGUGUGAACAGUUUUUCUUGGAGCUAAUGAAAGUUCCACGAGUUGAAUCCAAGUUACGUGUAUUUUCAUUUAGAAUUACCUUUUCUAGUCAGGUGAAUGACUUGAAACAUAACCUGAAUACAAUAAAUGAUGCGACUAGAGAGGUAAAAGAAUCUGCGAAACUGCGUCAAAUAAUGCAGACAAUUCUCACCUUAGGAAAUGCAUUGAAUCAGGGCACUGCUCGAGGAUCUGCCGUAGGAUUUAAAUUGGACAGCCUUCUUAAACUGUCUGAUACUCGUGCAAGAAACAACAAAAUGACCUUGAUGCAUUAUCUGUGCAAGCUUCUAGCAGAGAAAAUGCCGGAUUUGCUGGAUUUUGAUAAGGAUCUUGUUCAUCUAGAAGCAGCCUCGAAGAUUCAAUUGAAGUCUCUGGCUGAAGAAAUGCAAGCAGUGAGCAAAGGACUUGAAAAGGUUGAGCAGGAACUCACUGCUUCAGAUAACGAUGGUGCUAUCUCUUUGGGCUUCCAGAAGGUCUUGAAGAAUUUCCUUGAUACUGCUGAAGCUGAAGUAAGGUCGCUUAUUUCCUUGUACUCUGAAGUGGGAAGAAGCGCUGAUUCACUAUCUCAGUAUUUUGGAGAGGAUCCUGCUCGAUGCCCCUUUGAGCAAGUGACGCAAAUCUUGUUCAUCUUUGCUAAGAUGUUCAACAAAGCACGUGAGGAGAAUGCACAGAAGGCGGAUGCUGAAAAGAAGAAAUUGGAGAAGGAAGCCAGAGAACAGGCGGCAGCUAAUUCUUCCACAAGAAAAGAGGGGAUUAAUGCUGAUCGCUCAAAACCUAAUCAGCAUAUCGGAGACAUGAUCCGUGAUCAAUCGCUAUUGAUAAAGAAGGGUGAGAACCAUGGUACUGCCGGCUGAUGUGGCAGGCAGACUGAAAAUUACAUUCCAAUUUACGCAUGAAAAUGUUGGCUCACCGUGGUGGUUCACUCAGGUUGUGCUUCGUGCAAAAUCAUGAUGUUGAAUUGCACGACUAAUUACAUGUUACAUAAAAUCUUUCACCAAACUCAGUGUAUACUCCAAUUUUGGCGUUUUCAUGGCAAGUUAGCAUCGUCUAAUAUGCUGCCACCCUUUUGCUCUAGGCCAUUUUUGUACUGUUGUCAAAUAUUGAAGGCAGCCUCCAGAUGGCGUGUACAAAUUGUUCAUAUUCCACUGCACAGCUUGUACAUGAAAAGAAAGCUUGCUAUUGUGGGAUAACUUUCAGUUCACAUCUCCACUCCAUGGAAAAGAAAAUCUCUCUCUCUCUCUCUUCUCUCUUCUCUCUCUUCUCUCUUCUCUCUUCUCUCCUCUCUGUAUAUAUAUAGUUUCAAUUAUUUCAGUUUUACCUUUUGAAUGUCA